AUGGAGACAGACCACAAAGACGAUGACUGGCCGACUUCCUCCUCGUCUACCACCUCCACUUCGAUAUGGUCCGACGCACCCUCUUUGAAAUCCUACAGCGAUAUGAUGGAUUUCGCGAGCCUCGACUCAGCCAUGGGCCUUGGUGGCCUUGGAGGAAUCGACAUGGGCAUGGGCAUCGACAUGGACUUCAACCCGAUGACGCUCGAGCCAACUGGUGGCAUGGGAUUGCACCAAUUCGACCCUUUGACCCUUAGCCUCGGGUUCGCACCGGGGCAGCAAGGCUUCGCGAACUUUGGUUUCGAAGACCAAUUUGGCAGUGCAGACGGGCUGGGGUUUGGUUUCCAGCUCCAGUCGCUAGGACAGACGGGGCCAUCGAGUAGCAGUGUGUCGAGCACGUCAGUCUUCUCGGAGUCGGAAGCAUCGACGAAGGAACGAAGACUGAGCAUCACGUCAACGUCUUCUUCAUCGGCCGGGUCGUUGGCAUCGUUGUCGCCUAUGCCCGAGUCGCUGCCCAGUCCUAGUCCUGCGCCUGGAUAUGCAAGCACCAGUGCAAGUGCAAGCCCUCCCGUACAUCCCAAGGAGGAACCGGUGCAGUCGCCUGGCAUGGAGGGAAUGGAGAUGGAUUCGGAGAACCCUUUCGCGGACCUCGCCAACAUCGUGAGGCAAACGACUGGCGUAACGCUCGCAGUGCCUAUGACAGGUUUGGCUGCUGCCUUUCCUCUUGGUACGCCUCAGCAGGCCAAGAGCCCUCAGCAAACCUCGAAGAAACCUCAUAGCGAAACUACAAGCGGACAUGUAUCCACGACGUCUUCAGCUGCCUCUACCCCACCACCAUCAACGCCUACCUCGUCUAUGGGCAGUCCGUUCGCUGGGCUGGUUGUCAAUACAUCAGCUGUAGCCUCCGCCUCCGUUUCUCAAGUUCCAACACCAACAAUGCCCACCUCCGGUAGUACCACUGCCACCGCCCAACCACGCCCCAAGACCAGUCACACAACCAUCGAACGAAGAUACCGCACCAACCUGAAUGCACGCAUCCAGAGCCUUCGCAUGGCCGUCCCUGCCCUGCGCGUGCUGGAGGAUGGCGUCAAGGAGGGUGUUGGAAGCAAGAAGAUCAAGAAGAAUGUCCGUGGUGGCGUCAUCGUCAAGUCUGCUUCUGGCACAGGGAUCGGCAUCGGCGUUGGUGUGGACGCCGAGGAGGUGGAUAUUAUUGACGAGCGCGGCUUCGUCGAUGGGGUCAAAGUUGCGCGCAAGUGCAGCAAAGCGAAUGUACUCGGCAAAGCGGUUGAGUAUAUCAAAGUGCUCAAAAGGCGAGAAAAGCGUCUGAAGGCAGAGCAAGCCGGUCUCAAGACUCUCGUCAGUGGUCUAGUUGGCGGACCUGCGCUUGUACGAGAGUGGGAACGCCAAUGGCGCGAACGAUUCGGCGGCGAGGAGCGCGACGAGGUCGAGGGUGAGAUGGGGGGCGAAGGUGCUGACGACGGCGAUGACGAAGACAGCGAGGAGGAAGACGACGAGGAAGAGACAGGAAAGAAGAGGAAAAGGGCCAAGGUCGCACCCAAGAAGCCAGCGGAGAAGAAGGAUAAGAAGUCGGCUGUCAGUGCCCAACCACCAGUCGUCCUCCUCCAAGGUGAAGGAGCUGUAGUCAGCUCAGGCGCCGUCCCAGAGAAGAGGAAGCGGGGUCGACCGAGGAAGGUAGUUCCUGCCCCUGUCACACUGGCGCCCAUCCCUCCUGCCGAUGGACCGAAGGCUGAAGACGUGCCAACUCCAUUCACUGCUGGCGUGCGUGCGCAAUGGGCUGUGGCACAAGGGCAAGCACAAGGCCCACAGCCACAGCAAUACCUCCUCGCCGUCUUUGCCCUGUUCUCGUUCUUCAACUCCCCACUUACCUCCUCAUCCUCCGCCUCGGCAACGCACCAUCAUACAGGCACAGUGCUCAGUGCCGUGCAUCCACCGCUCGCGUACGCCCCAGAAAUCGUGGCGCAAUUCGUCUCGCCGUCACCUGUUGCGAUGCACCCCACUGGGUGGGCUUGGAAGGAGUACGUCCAGCUGUUCCACCUCCUCGUGUCGCUCUGCGUCCUGGCGAGCUUUGUUGCAAGCUGGAUUGGCUUUACAUUUGGAAAGAGCGGCGUGGAAGGCGUCGCGAAGAGAGGCAGGGGUCUCUCGGUGGCCUCGUUCCUCGGCUUAAGAGCUAGCAGUGAGAAGGAGAGGGAGAAGAAGAGGUCCGGCCUUAAGGGCUGGGUUGGGUUGGCUAUGGAUAGCGUCUUGGAAGGCGACGCUGCCUCUUUGACAUAUUUCGAGCGUUCCCAGAUCUAUGGUGCUAUCUCAACGAAGCGCCGCGCCCCAGCUAGCGAGCUUGUCACCCUCGCUCUCGUUCGGUGGUCCGACAACGGUAUCUUUGGCCGUUUCUCGCGUAUGCGCGCUCAGGCAAUUUGGGGCGCGGCGAAAGCACAAGUCAAGUUCUCUAGCUCGACCAAGGCAGGCCCGCAGAAGGAUGGCAAGACGUACCAGAGCUUGGUGUUUGAGACCAUACCCGACGUUGAGGACUCCGUCCGCCGGCUGGCCGCUGCUACCAAGGCAGACGGGGUAGGCGAGAGUCGUGCAUACGACCCGCUUGAGGUCCUUGGAGUCCUGGUGGUCAAGGAGAGGAUCAAGAAGCACCUCGGCAAGAUGUUCGUCAAUGCUGUCGGUGCCCAUUCUGGCGACCCGGAGACGGAAGAACGAGACGAAGAAGAGAUCCAGUGGCGCAGGACUAUCGAUGCUGCUCGCGAGCUCGGCGGUGGUGUGGAGGCGCUCGCCAAGACCUUCGAGCGAGUAUGGAAGACUAGCUGCACCUCGUUUGACGGCGCGAGUGAAGAUCACAUCGAAGACCUCCGCUCGGAUAUCGACUCAGACGACGGCGAAAUUCAGGCGUUGAUGACCGCUCUCGUUCUCUUCCGGAGAGUGUUCGCCUCCCCAGCUGCCUCAGAUGUAGAGUGCUCGUCCGCUGCGUCGUCGGUGACAAUGACGCCCACGGCGAGGGAGCGCGAGAGCGCUGCACAUCUCUUGAUGAGCCCGCCACCGAGUCCCGACCCUUCGCGCCCGGCACGGCCGGGUGUGAAGGCGGACGAGAGGAGGUUGCAGACGAUUCGUGGCCUCCGAAGGGCACUUGGCCAUCCAGUCUUCGAGGAGCUUGGGUUGGGUGAUGGCGCUGAUGAUCACCAGCAGGAUACUGAGUUGGGUCUGGAGGACGCGAGGGACAGAAUCGUCGAUUUAAUCGUGGAUGUUGAGAGGAGAGAACGGAUCGUGGCUUAA